GGGUCUCGAGAGCAGGCGCUGGCGGUUAGCCGGAACUACCUCUCCCAGCCUCGUCUCACGUACAGGACAGUGUCAGGAGUCAACGGCCCACUGGUAAUCUUAGAUCAUGUUAAGUUUCCCAGAUAUUCUGAGAUUGUGCACUUGACACUGCCUGAUGGCACAAAGAGAAGUGGGCAGGUUCUGGAAGUUAGUGGUUCCAAAGCAGUGGUUCAGGUAUUUGAAGGGACCUCAGGCAUAGAUGCCAAGAAAACGUCCUGUGAGUUUACUGGGGAUAUUCUCCGAACACCGGUGUCUGAGGAUAUGCUUGGCCGAGUAUUCAAUGGAUCAGGAAAACCCAUCGACAGAGGUCCUGUUGUGCUGGCGGAGGACUUCCUUGACAUCAUGGGCCAGCCAAUCAAUCCUCAGUGUCGGAUCUACCCAGAGGAGAUGAUUCAGACCGGCAUUUCGGCCAUAGAUGGCAUGAACAGCAUUGCUCGGGGGCAGAAAAUUCCUAUCUUCUCGGCUGCUGGCUUACCGCACAAUGAGAUUGCAGCUCAAAUCUGUCGCCAGGCUGGUUUGGUAAAAAAAUCUAAAGAUGUAGUGGACUACAGUGAGGAAAAUUUUGCGAUCGUGUUUGCUGCUAUGGGUGUAAACAUGGAAACCGCCCGCUUCUUCAAAUCCGACUUUGAAGAAAAUGGCUCAAUGGACAAUGUGUGCCUCUUCUUGAAUUUGGCUAAUGACCCAACUAUUGAGCGAAUUAUCACUCCCCGCUUGGCUCUAACCACGGCCGAGUUCCUGGCCUAUCAAUGUGAGAAACAUGUAUUGGUUAUCCUAACAGACAUGAGUUCUUACGCUGAAGCACUUCGAGAGGUUUCAGCCGCCAGGGAGGAGGUUCCCGGUCGACGUGGUUUCCCAGGUUACAUGUAUACAGAUUUAGCCACUCUGUAUGAACGUGCUGGUCGAGUGGAAGGUAGAAAUGGCUCAAUUACUCAAAUUCCUAUUCUCACCAUGCCUAACGAUGAUAUCACUCACCCCAUCCCUGACCUGACUGGAUACAUCACAGAGGGGCAGAUCUACGUGGACAGACAGCUGCACAACAGACAGAUCUACCCGCCCAUCAACGUGCUGCCCUCGUUGUCGCGGUUAAUGAAGUCUGCGAUUGGUGAAGGCAUGACCAGGAAGGAUCACGCUGAUGUGUCGAACCAGCUGUACGCGUGCUACGCCAUCGGCAAGGACGUGCAGGCCAUGAAGGCCGUGGUCGGGGAAGAAGCCCUCACCUCGGAUGACCUCCUGUACCUGGAGUUCCUGCAGAAGUUUGAGAGGAACUUCAUCGCUCAGGGUCCUUACGAAAACCGCACUGUCUAUGAGACCCUGGACAUCGGCUGGCAGCUGCUCCGAAUCUUCCCCAAAGAGAUGCUGAAGAGGAUCCCGCAGAGCACGCUGAGCGAGUUCUACCCGCGAGACUCCGCCAAGCACUAGCCGCUGCCGCCCGGCUCAGCGCGCCUGUGAAGUGCUGGUUCUGUGCUCUCGGUUCCUUCUGCACACCCCUCCUUCCCCACCUCUGCGCUGGACUUCACUGUGUUACCCUGUAAUUAAAAACGAAGACGAGGUAACAUAUCGUGCCAGUGUUGCAAUGUUUUAAACUGCUAACAGACUUUAAAAUAUCCCCUGUUCAGAAAACCUGGAUCUUCAGUGCUUAGUUUACAGCGGCUGAGGGCUGGGGGUGAGGGGUGCUCACGGACGUGUGUAUUUGUUGUAUAUAGCGGUGUAGUUAGCUAGCUGCCCGGGGUCCUCGUUAUCCGGGUCCCUCAGACCUCCCCUCCCCACCCCCUCGAGGAGAUCGCUGUCCGAGUUACGAUGCUCCGCUCCCCACGUCAGGGGCGGCGUAGGGUCUGAAAGAGGCUGCCUCUCAGAGCCGAGAGGCUUUCCUGAACGUUUGUCUUUAGACUUUGGUCUGCCUCUGGGUCCGUCUGCUGCUGCUCUAAGCAGAUGGCUUUUGCUGUCCCCCUGCUCUUUCCUAUUUAAUGAUAGAUCAGAAAAGGAGGUUCCUUUUCCUCCCUGGUACGUGUGGGCUUCCACUCCCGUGUCUCGCUGGUCCCCUUCCCUCUGAGUGACACGGAAUCGUGCAGCGUCUGCAUGGCCAGCCUCAGUCUGGCGGCAGCGAGAUGCCUUCUCCCGAUGACGCUUACUGCGUUGCCACGCAGAGGAAUCAUACUUAAAAUAAUUCAUAGAAUUGUUUGGAAAGAAUUGGGAUACAGUUUUUAAGAAAAAGAAAAAGAAA